UCUACCAAGACUCAUUUAGUGACGCUGCAGAGCAACAAAACACGGAUAUACUGGAUCAGAACACCACGAACUCUUCAGAUAACCUCACUGCUAUGGAUACAUCUGAGCCCCCCCCAAAAAAGACAAAGCAAAACAACGAGUCGGGAAAAGAAACCAAAGGAUCCAGGGCUGAGAAGUUGAUGAAAUGUCCAAAGUGUCAAGCUGGGAUUUCUCCAUCUGUCAUGUUCUGUAAGCAGAAAAAUGACCAGUGUGAAUUCAAUAUUGGUCUGCACCAGGACAAUGGAGAUGACCACACUGCCUGGUUCGAGGACAAGUUAACCUUCACAGAACAGCUUGCAGAUACCAAGAAUAGCAAGCCAUGUCCCAACUGUAAUCACAGUUUUCCUGUAAAGCACAGUGUUGCUAGCAGGACUAAUACGAUGGGUGGAUUCGACAUUGAAUUAUCCAUCAAUAUUCCUAAGGAGGACAAGCUGGAAGAAACAUUAUCUGCAAUGGUGAACAACUUGGGUGGGACACAAUCACAAAACAGGAAUUGUGAUGAAGUGAUGGAGCAAGAUGACGGUGAUGGCAGUUCUUCAGAAAAGUCCCCAGGAUGUAAGGCUGAUCACUCUUCUAAACGGAGAGGAAACACUGUUCUUUCUAAGUCUGCAGAAAAUAGAAAUUCCAAUUCAAGGAAACCUGAGCAGUCAAAUCAAACAGACAGCAAAGGAUGGUUUGUCCUUCCCAACAUUUUAAAAUCUCCAACCCCAGUGGUGAAGGUUUACUAUACUCCUACCAGUGAUAAGUUUGGUGCUGAUACUGCUAUAAUGAAACAAUUGAAGAACAACUUAAACCCAUCAGUACAGUUGGAAGAAACAACCAGGAAGAACUGCAGCAUCAUCAUUGUCUUCUGUCCAGUUGGCCACAGUUAUGAAUCAGAAGUAAAAUCUGCCAUGGAAAAGGAAGCAGUCUCAUCAUCUGGUAAACCAUUCAUUGUGGUUCUGAUGCAUCACACCAGAGACCCGGACUAUUCCACUGCAGGAUGUGAUGUCUCUGAAGUGCUGAAAAAUGUGUUUUAUGUCCAUGUUUUUUACCAUGAGACUAAACCAGGAUUACUGGAAUGUUCACAAAAUACCCAAGCAAUCAAAGACAUUGAAAAAAAACUGAAAACCCACAAGAAAUAGAUAACAUUUGCUUUUUGUGGCUAUAUCAGUCUUGUUUUAAUUAUUUGAUUAUCUCAAUAGAAUUCAGCAGGGCUCACAAUAGAAAGUUAUCAUUUACUUAUGAAAUAAAAGAGGAAAAACGUGGAACUCCUGAGCUUCUGACUGCAAACAGCAAUUUUUUUUCUUCCAGUUAUCUUCAAUUCUGUUUUUUCUGAAUGUUUAGUUCUGACAGAAUAUAUUUUCGAGCGAACUACAAGUUUUUUUGAUUUUACGGAAAUUUUAGGGCUGAAACUAAUUGGUAAAUAAAAGAAAACAAGAACAGAAGAUAGACAGCUAUACAGCAGAUGUUCUGGUCUGAGAUUAUUCCUCAACUUCAUGCUGUAAGACUGCUGUCUGCUUCCUGUUUGCUGGAUGAACUUCCUGUGAUGUAAUCCUAUUACUGUGCUAAAACCCUUUCCUACAGAAGGUUCCAAUGUUUUCCUCUAUCUCAGAUUGAGAAACUUUAAAUGUUAUUCAGCUUUGAAAAAUAGAAACUGUGGAAAUAAAUGUUGUAAAACAUGUAGAUUUUCUAUUGGAUUAAGAUGAUGAGAUCCUAUUUGUAUGAAUUUUCAUUACAGAUGUUGCUACUGGAACAUAUCACCAAUAAGUGUCAUGUUUAAUGUUCAUUGGUUUGAUUUCUACAUCUUCACUGUAAGACAAAAAUAUCGCUGAAUAAAACAGAAGAAUUUACUGUUUCAUUUAUUUUCA